AGCGUUUUUUUUUCGCGCGGAGGACGACAUGCCGGACGCGACGACGACGAGUCCGCUGCGAUACUGCUGCCGCCGCGACGUGUGACGCACACGCUCCGACCCGACGGAGAAGCAACCCCGUUCGUGCCGCGUCACAUCCGACCCGACCCGUGACGUGGUGACGUCACUUCCCGCCCGUACCCCUUGUCCAGGAGUGACGUCACAGACGCGCCCCGACAGGAGUCUGCACGUCGUCGCUAGCCCUGGUCGGUCUGGUUUAGUCGCCGGCAACCCAAGCGCCGUCGAGGACCGGAAGAAAGGGGGAGGAAGAACCGUCCAGCUUUCGACCCUGGUUGCGGGCAGGUAAGAAGAGGCCCUUUCCGGAAACGGAAGUACACAGCGUCGCGACGCGGAUGCCUGGAAUGCCCCGGACGAUCCGUCGGCGUGUGGAGGUGUGAUGUCCGGCCGUAGCCAUUGUGCCCAGGAGGGGAACACCUAGGAACUGUCGAAGGAAACGAGUGAACGCGAGUGACUGCGGAGGCGCUGCACGGAGAGCCGUUUCUGGCUGCCUUCGUUCAGUGCUCGGAAAGUGUGGACGACUUGUGUGAUACAGUUUUGAAUUCUACUUUGAAGUUAGCGGAAGUGGUGGGCUGCUCGGUGACUACUCGCUUGGUGUUGCCGUGUGGCUGGAGCUUGUGUUCGAGUGGACUACCUACUUCGUCUCUCGGAGCUUGGGUGCGUUUUUUUACCUCGCCCGUGAAGAACAAUCUGGAGUCCUAGGUGCCCGUUGAGCUGCCGACAUGCCGGAGUCUAAGCCGGACGCCAACGCCAAAACGCCCAUGUUGGGCGGGGGUGGACCAGCAGGAGUCAUCCGGUUAACACAGCCGCCCCGGGGCAUAUGGGGCAAGAUAGCGGCAUGGAUGAAGGAGAACCUCCUGCUGGUGCUGACGAUACUGGGCGUUCUAUUGGGCCUCCUGCUGGGCUUCGUGGCGCGGCUCUUCUCUUACGGCGAGGAUGUGAUCAUGCUCGUCUCCUUCCCGGGAGAGAUACUCAUGGGCAUGCUCAAAAUGCUCAUUCUGCCCCUCAUCAUAUCGUCCAUGAUAUCAGGGUUGUCGAUGCUCGACCCGAAGUCGAGCGGGAAGAUGGGCUCUCGGGCCCUGGUGUACUACUUCGCGACCACCAUCUUCGCUGCCAUCGUGGGUAUCAUCAUGGUGUCCGUCAUCCACCCGGGUGACCCGUCCAUCAAGGAGGAGGUGGGCACUGGCACUGAAGACAAGAAAGUCUCCACACUCGACGCAUUCCUCGACCUCGUCAGGAACAUGUUUCCUGAGAACCUUUUGCAGGCCUGUUUUCAACAAGUGGAGACGACGUAUGUAAAAGAGAAGCCAAAGCCACGUUUUAUCCACCCCGAUGAAGUUUUGAAUGCUUCCAACACUAGCGCCUACGUGCUGAAGCGAACGCUGCAGUUCAAGGACGGAACCAACGUACUCGGGCUCAUCGUCUUCUGUAUCGCCUUCGGCAUCAUAGCCGGCCAGAUGGGACCAGAUGCGGAACUGAUGGUGCAGUUUUUUAGCAGCCUGAACGAAAUCAUCAUGAAGAUCGUCUACCUGGUCAUGUGGUACUCGCCGUUCGGCAUCAUGUCGCUGAUCAUUGGCAAGAUCAUGUCCAUCAAGGACUUGGCGCUGACGGCGCAGCAGCUGGGUCUCUACAUGCUGACCGUGAUCGCGGGCCUUCUGAUACAUGCCUGCAUAACGCUGCCGCUCAUAUACUUUCUCAUCACCCGAAAGAACCCGGUCACGUUCUUCAGGGGGAUGCUCCAGGCGUGGAUCACGGCACUCGGCACGGCAUCGAGUGCGGCCACGCUUCCGGUGACAUUCCGGUGCCUGGAAGAGAACCUCCACAUCGACAAGCGGGUGACCCGGUUCGUGCUGCCCGUCGGCGCAACCGUCAACAUGGACGGCACGGCGCUCUACGAAGCCGUCGCCGCCCUCUUCAUUGCACAGAUGAACGGCAUCAACCUCUCUAUCGGCGAGGUCAUCGCCGUCAGUUUGACGGCCACGGCUGCCAGUAUUGGAGCAGCCAGCGUGCCAAGCGCGGGUCUCGUCACCAUGCUGCUGGUGCUCACGUCUGUGGGUCUGCCCACGGAGGACAUCUCCAUGAUCGUCGCCGUCGACUGGAUGCUGGACCGUAUUCGCACGUCCAUCAACGUCCUCGGUGACGCCUUCGGCGCAGGGAUCGUGUAUCACCUGUCCAAGGGGGAGCUGGACAAGAUAGAUGCCGAACACGCCCGGCUCGAGCUCGAGAUGGGCGAGGCUGGUCGCAAGGGGUCCUACAUGCGGCGACCCAGCGGCUUCGCGGGGCCGGGCUCGUCGGCGCCCCCGGACUACGGGGCGAACCCCGGGGGACAGAACUUCGUCAGCGGCGAAGGCAACAGCGAAACGCAGAUCUAGAGGAGUAGGCCGCCACGGCUGUAUGGGCCUGAAUGCGGAACGGGCCGAGAAGUUCGAGUUCGGGCCAACUUACGCGCCUCCCUGUUCCCUCCUGGGCGCCCCUCCCCUCCCCCCGUUAGAAGCCGCCGUGACGUCACCGAGCAGUGCGCACGGAGGCAACUUACACGCCUUCGAAGUUCUUUUUUUCUUUUUCCUGCUUUCCAAACGUGAUUUCCUUCUGCAACAAUAACUGUCUUAGUAGAGUAUUUUUACCGUAGCGUUACCGACACAUCGUCACCGGAGUCGCCUCCCCACCUCCCAGCCGCGCAUGCGGUUGAGGCGGCAGGCGGUAUCAGUGAGGAUACAGCGGUGACGCUAUGCUGAAAUGUCCCUAACUUAGGUGCGUGCUUCAUCAUCAAAAACCGUGCGCUGCGCACGUUGCUUUCUUGUAGAUAACUGUGCGCGCCUGUACGAAGCGUUAGCAGAGGAAAGGACUCACGAAGCCAAGCACUCACAGGGUUGAAAGCGCGAGCACGUUAAAUUGUGACAACUGCAUCUGUGCGCGGAAUGCUCGCUUCUGGGAGGGCAGGAGGAACUUUUCGGGAGUCCGCCGCUGUGUUUGCGGGAGAGACUCCGAACAACUAAAAAACACCCGGCUGGCGUCCGGAACGCUUGCAGAAAGUCGUGUUCUGGGUACACGCUAAAGUUUUUCCAGCACACCCCGCAUCGCCAAUUUCUGCGGUCGCUCGCAAACACGGCGCAGGUGGGAAUUCGUUUAGUGCUUCACCGUCGAAGAAAGCCCGAAGUUACUGGCAGAAAUGUUGAAGGCGUUGAAAAAAAGGUAAAUAGAGCCUUAUCCGGUUAAGCCCAAUUGCGCGCAGGAGAAACGGUGGUUAAAGGUUGCUAUUUACUUCACGGCGCAGCAGUGUCGCGAAGGGAACAAACAGGACGUGUUACAAAAUUUCAUCCAAUACAUUAUACGCCACUCUAUGAAUUCAUAGUUAAUUCCCUUCUAGUUUUUCUUUCUGCGCUAGCCUUUGGGAAAUGGACAAGUGACUUCGAUUUUCCAGCAGUAUUAGUUAUAGAGAGUCUAAGGCCAGCGGCGAGGGUAUGGCUGCUGAAUUAAGUGGCGAAUUCAAUAGCGUGAACGUAUGAUUACUUUUGAUUACCUUGUAUUUCUUUCAUUUGCUCAUCCCGCGACGAAGAAAAAUAGACAAGAUGUCGAUAGGUCUAUCGUAAGCUGAGAAACCAAGUGAAAGUUACCGUAUUGCAAAGGCUACCUUAUGAAUAAAGACGAUUAUAGUCGGACCAUGAAGGUAGUUCUAAUGGUCAGUUAUUUAGGUUACUGUGCCAUCUUGAUGCAAAUCAGUCGCUUCCUCGCCGUUCAUCCUGCAGUUUGCGACAAAGAGGCACUGGAAGGUUCAACCGCAUGCCUGUAACAAAUGUCCUGUCACUUCGGGCUUGAUAUUCUACGGAGAGCAAGCGAACAGAUGUGUGCUAAAAAAGAAAACUUCAUCGGAUGAAUGUCGGCCCUUUUAUCAUUGCUGCUUCUGUUCGUGUCACCCUUUUAUUCCAUUUCUUUUGUACGUAUUUACUUGUUCUGCACUCACCGAAGCCAAAACACCCGCUGUGUCCCUUUCGCCAAGAUUCUACUGCAUCUAUGUCCAAAGUGGAAGUGCUUCAUAAGGGCUUAUAGACGCAUCAUCCCAAAUCUUCUCUAGAGAUUUAAAGCAAGCAACUUACGUUGUCAAGGUGUUCCUCUGACGGACUUUUCUUCCUGCUGUCGCGAAAUCCACACCGCAGCAGCUUUUGUGCAGUUAGCUCCAUCAGACAAAAAAAAAUGACGCCAUCGUACUCAUCUCGAACGUCGGUGGUUUUCUUCAAGCUGCCGUCAUUUCGUCAGACUAUCUGCAUCACUCUGCUGGAACAGAGCUUCCGCUUCAGCUCGUUGGCGCGCUGCUGCUGAUAAACACGCAGUGUCCAUCAAAUCGCCAUCCCAAGAGGAGGCUAGCACGCCAAGCCGAACUUUGUAUGCACAUCACGUGGCCUGGUCACAGUGCGGAAUGGUUGUAAGCGCCGCGUACCACAGACGGGAUUCGGUUGAGCCGCCUAGGUAGGCGCGCGUAAAGUUAGGCCUAAGGGAGCACUUCGCCGCGUCAGUGUUACGCACCGCAGCAUCGGCGUUCGCGUUUGACUGAGUACAAGUUGACUGCGCUGUGGAUGCAAGCACUGUAUUUCAUGACGUCUUUCGUGCUCCAAGGCUCCAUUAACGAAGGCGCACAUCAAGUCUUGUACAGCUAAUCACGGCACGCGAUCCGUUUUCCGCAUUCGUGCAAACCGGGUGCAAAUGUUUUGUCUUCGAAAAAAUAUCCAUUUUCACGCGAGAUUUCGUCUCGCAAGCCCGGUGAAACGGCGUUGAAUGCGCAGGGAUGUACAUUGUUUCAGCUUCGUUUCCGUUUUUUUUUUUCUUGCAUCGUUUAAAUCCAGCCCUAGCCGUCGGCCUCCUCUUUUCGGAGUUCCUCAAAAUAAAGAUUCCGGAACCAAAGCGUCCCAAACGGUGGCAGGGAAACCGGGCCCGUGCCCCCUCCAAGGACCACCAAACUGCCUCCGCACUAGAAACGGCUGCACUUGACAAAUCGCGAUCCCAGCGCUACUUAUAGAACCCCUCGGGGACGUGGAGUGGCAGGGUCGGAGUUGCGAAACCAAUCGCCGGCAGCGAAGCAAGAAACGUAGUAGCCGGAAUUCGUAUGUUUUCUGCAAACACCGCUGUCUGGCUGUAUCCUUUGCAUAUCUGCUCAAGUCAUCUCUGCAAUGAGUCUGUCAUUGGUAUGCCUUCUUAUGUUAGGCCAGUGAAGCAGAAAAGCUGGAUUCCAAAGACACUCUACAGUUCGCUGGGUCCGCUUUUUCUCUCCUCCUCUUACAUGUUUGGGCACCUUUCAGAUGUUUAAAGGACCCCAGUUGUGGUUCAAACCGCAUGUGCUUCUAACGUGAUUCUUUAGAUGGUGACCUAUACGUGGAGUCCAGAAAUAAAAGUAAAAAAAAAAUUCAAGCAUGCUUAGGUGUGGGCAAACACUUUUUACUGAUCAAAUUUUCUUCAAUAUUCCAGGCUGCUCUGACAGCUAUGUUGGCUUUGUCAGCUUACUUGCGGCCGGCUGGCAGCUGAAUUACCAUGACACCCGCUGUGUGAGGCAAAUGGUUUUCACAUGAAUUAAAGACACGCUUUGUUGGAAGUCGCUUGUUCACAUUUCGCAUUUCUCUCCUGCUGUUCAUCUUGAAAGGGGGGUAUAAACAAAAGUACAAAAACAUUUACGAGCAGUCGAAGAACUGCUGUAACCCCAAGGUUCUAUCCAACAUGCCGAAACCGGAAGUCGCGUCGGCUCGCAAGUGGCGUAACUUCCGUUUCUUUAUUCGCUGCAUCCGGCAAUUUUCUUUCAUGACACAGCUGUGCAACAUGGAAAACAGUGUGCGGAGCUCAGCGACCGACCGACCCCGCCUAGUAACUUCCUGGCCCGCCUCCAAACACGAUACGCGGCGGCUCGGCCUCGAUGUACGGCCGAGUUUGUUUUUUGUCAAACGACCUUCAGAACAAUAUUUUCAGCGCAGACGGGUGAUGGCUUACAAGGUCAUGUGUUGAUAUUUGGUUUUUAUUUCUAUGCGGUUUCUUUUGUGUGUUCGUAUGUCUUCCACCUCUGUUCCCUUGGUUUUUCAAGGUCCUCUUACGUGGCACCUCACAAUAAACAUUGGUGCAGUCGUCUUGCAUGCAAGCAUUCUGUGCAUGCGAGUUUCUACGUCAAGGGACAUAUACAUGACAGCGUACUUCACUUUUCCAGCCAUAUCGUACUGACUAAACUGCCUGACACUACCCGCAGGCAUUUAGAUAACAACAUAACUUAUCUAAAGCACUUCAGUUUGUAUUUACUAGACAAGAGUAAAGUAAAAGUGCGCGAUAAGACGAGAAUACGUUCACACAUUGAAGUGUGCAAGAAACAAUAUCAGAUGCCACCCGUGAUUACUAAAUAAUGUCCAGUAUUUUAAGAACAAUGCGACCUAUUACUGGCAAUCAUUGUGAUUAGGCUGCCUUUACGUUGUAACUUUUCCUGGUUCUAGUUGAUCUACAUUUGCUCACAGAAGGCAUCGAAGCUCUCUCAAUCAUACAUCAGAAUUCACGUGGCUGUAGCUCAAAACUGAAGAACGGCAGGUAUCAGGUUUCACGAUGCUCUUGACAAACUGCACUUCCGUUCCGUAGAUAAGCUACGGAACUAGUUGCAAGUAUGAACACGGUGUCGUCCUCGUCAGUCAUUUUGUGGCCGAAAAAAAAAGAUAUUCUAGUAUAGUGCCGUUAGUCGACAUUUGCCCACUCACCGCUCGCUACUUGGGGCACUACGACAGGCGACGCAACUUUUUAGGUUAGACAUGUCAUAUGCUGUCACCCUGACCAUUUCCCUUGAGCUAGCCUGAUCCAACAUUGUUGCAUUUCUUUGAUUUCUCGUGUAAGAAUUUAGCGUGUUUUCCUGAACUGCUUGCGUUGGUUGCUGAGUAUUAGUUAGCAGCUGCCUUCUUCAUUUGCUCAUUACUCCCGACGAGAUGGAUGCGAACAAUUGUGUUUUCCUGUGUACGCCGCUAAAUUAUCUGCGUGAACCGCUUUAAUCGCACUAUAAAGAAAGCGGUGCGCAUGCCGUGUAGAGAACUGGUGAAGGUGAAUUGGUCCUUUGUGCAAAUUCUCUUCUACCUUUCCUUUGCUCAUUUUCCAACAAAAUACAUUAUUUCAGAAAAAGUAAAUGUUCGCUGUUACAAAUAGCCUUUACUGUUCGCGAUUUUCAUCCUAACGCACCCUUUACGCCGCUUUGUGAUUGCCUAAAACUUGAAGUCCAACUUCAACAUGAAACUCACCACUUCAUCAUCACAGAAUAUAGUCAUCAUCACUCAUUUAAUACGCUGCCUUUGGACCUGUUUAUUGAUUCUCUUCGACCUGUGUUUGUUCUUUCUUCAGUACCAGUGUGCAGGUGAUGCAAUAUGAAUGUGUCUCUGUAACCAGCGCGUCUUACAAGAUUGUACUUGAAUGCUUGUAUGGAUGAGGUGCUCUCGUCAGUGCGUUAACAGUCAUGUUUUGUUUGCUUUAAACCACGGCAUGAAUUCCAGUAUACAAUGUUUCUUCUAAAUGCUGUAGACUUCACGCUUACUAAUGUUCUGCAUAAUACCAACUCUUAGUAAAAAGUUUUGUUAGCAUCUAUGACAUUUUCUAAUGCCCACACUAACAGCAAAAUACCUAUACAAUGUAUGAAUCCCAUUAGUAGGCUGCUCUUCGUGAACAUGACUUGCAGGUUACAUUUUAUGCCACGCGAAAGUUUUCUCAGUGGCGACGAAAUGAGUAGCGACAUCGCUUGAUCUAGGUGGUGUUACUCACAUGUACACAACUAUGUCAUGAUACUUCUGCCAUCUUUAACGUUGAGGUUUUUUUUUUUUUUUGCUGAACGCGUUUGUACUCUGUACUAUAGUUUGCGGUGAGCUUUCAUAAAAGCUACGGACGACGUACAAACCCUCAAGUCUCCACAAGAAUAAAACUAUUUUCGCAGAAUUUACAAAAUUUUUAUAAUUCGUAUUUACAUUUCACAAUGUCACUUAGCCUCAUGCAUAGGUUACGUUCAACUACUGCUUUUGCAGGACAAAAAAUAUCUUUUUUUCACUUGUGUCGACAACUGCCUUAAAUAUGUAGUCAUCAAAGUACCAUGUUUUAUUGCAGCGAUUCAUUCGCUUUGAUUUUCUUGUGUUUUGGUGUUCCUUUUGUGGCAUAGCUUUAGCAACAUGAUUCUGUACACAACGGAAAAAUUAAAUCAUUCACUGAAUUAAACAAUAAAAUGCUGUUUGUUUUGUUC